UGGCACUUUCUCAUGUAGGACACCCCCUUGAACGUGUCCAUGUAAGCCCCUGUCAGACAGUUUCUGUCAUUCUUUCUUAGCUCGGAUUCAGAUUCACACCCGGGUUCCCCACCGUUCACAGAGCCAAGGGUCUAUGAAAUGCCGCUAUAGGUGCGUUCAUACAGCCAGGAGAUCUCCAUGUACAGACAGCCACGCCAUGCCACGCUUCACAGAAUCAGUCCCACGGGGCAACGAGUGACCGCAGAGGCAUGGGAAAUCUGGGCACCCAUGGGCCAGUUGGUAAUCCGGUGGGCACGUUAAGAGCGGUGGGAGCUGUCUCAAAGUUCCGCCGAAAGCUCACAGUCACUGACCCUGAGUUGACAUUACCGGUUCUCCAUUUCGCUAACGGCAUGCAGGGUCUGGGCCCUGCCUGUAUCUUCCUGAGGAAGGGCAUUGCUGAAAAGCAAGGGUACCGCGAGCCGGGGACCGAUGAGAUUGAAGAACUACGUGAUGCCUUUGUGGAGUUUGACAAGGACAAGGAUGGGUUUAUCACCUGCAAGGAUUUGGGGAACCUGAUGCGUAUUAUGGGGUACAUGCCAACCGAGAUGGAACUCAUAGAACUCUCUCAGCAAAUCAACAUGAACCUUGGAGGUCGUGUAGAUUUCCAAGACUUUGUAGACUUGAUGACUCCAAAGCUCCUGGAAGAGACAGCUGGGAUGAUCGGUGUUAAGGAGCUGCGAGAUGCUUUCAAAGAGUUUGACGCCAAUGGAGACGGGGAGAUCACAUUGGAUGAGUUACAGCAAGCGAUGCAGAGACUGCUGGGAGAAAAACUAACAAACAGUGAAAUCGCAGAUGUGGUGAGGGAAGCAGAUCUGAAUGGGGACGGGACGGUGGACUUUGAAGAGUUUGUCCGAAUGAUGUCCCGCUGAUAUCCCAGAACACCCUCCAUAAGAGAAGAUACUAUCUACGCUUCAAACUGGGAUCAUUCUACAGAUUUCCAGAUCAUCGGCAGACCACUGGAAGCCACUCUCAUUAAGUGACCUAGAUAUGAAUAGGACUUCAUGCUGUUAUAUAAAACCCUAUUCUUCAGAUCUGUCCAUAUUUCCUUUUUCAGAAAUGCUGUUAAUAAAUGAACCUUUUUUUAA